AUGGAUAGUUUCAGACAUCCGGCCCAAGCCCAUCUGAUUAAAGCCGGAGCAACUUGGAUACGCAAUGCGUUGAAAACGGAAAAAUUCGAGGUCCAGUCCAAUGAGUGCGAGAAAGUGUGGUGUGUCGAUGGCCAUUCCAUUUAUUUCUGCAACAAUGAUCCUACCCACGAAUUUGUGAAGGGGCAGUAUGCGGAAAUUGCCAAACGGUUGGAUACACUGAUUGACACGUGUGGGGAGGAGGAAUCGAUUCAUGGUGAAAUCCGCAACAGUGUUUCUCAUGUUAGGGUGCAGUGGGAUGAACACGACGACUGCUACGUGAGAAAGCCGGAGGAUUUCUGA